AUUGUAAUCAUGCUUUCCUUUUAUUUUCUACUGUAAAAGAUUGUCCCAGUAGUUGUUUGGUCUGAUUCAGUAAGGUAAAAAAAAAUUAUGACUCAGUGACUUCCACAGUUAAAAAUGAAUCAUGUCUUGCGUCGCUCUCUUUUGGUAGGCACUCGGAGGGUUGGACUAGUUGCAGUGAAGUUGGGGAUGAUGCCUCUGUGGACCAAAGCGGGUGAGAAACAUGCAGUCACAUUACUACAGGUUCAAGAUUGUCAUGUUGUGUCAUAUACGCCGAAAGAAAAAUAUGAUGGCAAGAAGCCUGCGUUGGUAGUUGGCGGAAAAAAUACGUCUCCGUUUAAUAAAUCAGAGUCUGUUAUGGAAAAGUACAGGCUAGCAGGGAUACCCCCAAAACAGAAAAUCUCAAUUUUCAGGGUGUCUGAAAAUGCUAUUAUUAAACCAGGUACUCCCUUAUAUGCUGCUCAUUUUCGGCCAGGACAGUAUGUGGACGUCACAGCAAAAACAAUUGGCAAAGGUUUUCAGGGAGUUAUGAAAAGGUGGGGAUUUAAAGGUCAGCCUGCAACUCAUGGACAGACGAAAACCCAUAGGAGGCCAGGAGCAUCAGGCCCCGGGGGUGACCCUGCCAGAGUUUUUCCUGGGAAGAAAAUGCCUGGAAAAAUGGGAAACGUCUAUAGAACAGCAUUUGGAUUAAAGGUCUGGAGAGUGAAUACAAAAGAGAAUAUCCUUUAUGUUCAUGGAUCAGUCCCAGGACACAAAAACUGCUUUGUGAAGGUCAAUGAUACCACAUUACCUACUCAUCAGCAAGACAAUAAGAAUCCACCAUUCCCAACUUACUUCGCUGAUGGCGAUGAAGAACUUCCAGAAGAUCUGUUUGAUGACGCAGUAUUCCAAUUCACUGAGCCCUCUAUUGUCAUCUCCUAAACUUUGAAACUUUUGAUGUGUUCUGUGAUCUCCAUAUAUCCUGCCUUAAAUUUGUUCCAUUUGGGAGACCAUUUUUCUAUGUAUUGACCUAUGGCACUGAUCUGAUGGGUGAGGUGUAAGGGGGAGAGAAAGUCUCAAGUCACAGUGAAAGCUUGACCACCAAAUGAAUAAUUUUGAGAAGAAUGUUUGGAGGCUCUUGGUAGCCCAAAGCUCUGACUGUGAUCAGAGCUAAUUUGAUAACUGAGAAUAUUCCAUAAUUUUCAGCAGCAUGAGUCUGUCAGAGCGGCCUGGACAAUUUCCUGAAAGAGAAACAAAAAAAUUCUGCUGCAAAAUUGUGAAGGUUUUAUUCUUUUAUGGACUGCAGAAUUUGCAGCUCUACCCAAAUUGUUAAAAAGGAUAUGCUUCCACAGGUUAUGUGAAAUAUAGAUAUUAGAGCGAAGAGGUCUCUGGCAGAAAAUAUAUGCAUGAAUUAAAAUAUUUGUGGAAAAUAAUAACCACCUAAGUGUUUUGCACUGGGUAGUUUAAAGUCUGAUAAAACUGUUGCAGUAGAAUGGGGAUUUGCUGUUUACUGUUCUGUGUGGAACAAUGAGACACCAGAGAAAUAUCUGGUUUAAACCUGUUUUUUAUUGAGUUAACUCAUCUCUAGAAGGCAAUGUUACUGGAAUUACAAUUGGCUUCAGCCGCACUAAGCAAUAUUCAAACCCACAGCAACAUAACAUCAAAAGCUACAAAAACAGAAAUUGCUGGAAAAGCUCAGCAGGUCUGGCAGCAUUUGUGGAGAGAAAUCAGAGUUAACAUUUCAGGUUGAGUGACUCUUCUUCAGAACUUGAACUGAAACGUUAACUCUGAUUUCUCUCCACGGAUGCUGCCAGACCUGCUGAGCUUUUCCAGUAAUUUGUUUUUGUUUCAGAUUUACAGCACCUGCCGUUCUUUUGGUUUUUGUUUAGCAUCAAAAGCUGUUGUUUCUAUCAUUAAACAGCGUAUUAAUUCUGUGAAAACACUGAGCACAUUUGUUUGAUUGCUGCUGACAAGCCAUGGACAAGUAAAACACCAGUCUUAAACAUGA